AUGGCACGAAUUCCAAAGCUCAUGGCUACCCAAUUAUUCUUCCAAACACUACUACUGCUCUUAAUCACCUCGUACAAAUCCAUCCAAGUCCAAGCACACCCUUCGAACACAAACCUCUUCAGGGAAUACAUAGGGGCCGAAUUCAACAACGUUAAAUUCUCCGACGUCCCCAUCAACCCAAACGUUGACUUCCACUUCAUUCUCUCCUUCGCCAUUGACUACGACUCCUCCGGCUCUUCUCCGACCAACGGCAAAUUCAACGUCUUCUGGGACUCCGACAAUCUCAGCCCAUCCGAGGUUUCCUCCAUCAAAAAUUCCCAUUCCAAAGUCAAAGUCGCCUUAAGCCUAGGAGGAGACAGCGUCGGAAACGGCUACGCUUACUUCAAACCUUCCUCGGUGGACUCGUGGGUUUCCAAUGCGGUUUCCACUCUCACGGGCAUCAUCGAACAGUACAACCUUGACGGGAUCGACAUCGACUACGAGCAUUUCAGCUCCGAUCCCGACACUUUCGCAGAGUGCAUCGGGCGGCUGAUAAAGACCCUGAAGAGAAAAGGGGUCAUUUCGUUUGCUUCCAUAGCUCCUUUUGACGAUGACCAAGUUCAGAGCCAUUAUUUGGCUCUGUGGAAAAAAUACGGGCACUUUAUAGACUACGUCAACUUCCAAUUCUACGCGUAUGAUGAGGGCACGACGGUGUCCCAGUUUAUUGAUUAUUUCAACACCCAAAGCUCUAAUUAUCACGGUGGGAAGGUGCUGACCAGCUUUAUUAGCGAUGGCAGCGGCGGAUUGUCGCCGGAGAACGGUUUUUUCACGGCGUGUAAUAGGCUCAAGAGACAAAAACGGCUUCAUGGUAUCUUUGUUUGGUCUGCCGAUGAUUCGAAGAAGAAUGGCUUUCGCUAUGAGAAGAGAUCUCAAGCGCUUUUGGCAGGUCACCACUAG